UUGGUAUGUGUGUUGGAACUCAGUGGCUGCGUGUCCCCUCAUUAGAUUAGCUGUUUUAAAUUGAGAAUUCUUUGGGACAUGUAAAGAAUAUAUAUCAUACUUUCACCUUUCAUCAGUCAAUGUGUUUUUCCUCUUACCUCAAACUAGAUUAACCGGUUUGGCACCCUUUUUUAUUUACAUUCACAGGUGUGUGAAGACUGAAAACAAAACUCCUUUUUCUCCUCAUUUGUAUCUUUGGGACUCUUUUGGAAUUACAGCUUUUUUUUGGAAGUGUCAAACUGACAUAAACUUCAUGUCAUGAUGAAGUCCACAAAGGAUUUAUUGGAGUUUCUGGACCUGAGUCAUCUGUCCACAGAUGAGGAAUUGGCAAUCCGACAGGUGCUUCAGCGAGAUGACAACCUCAGGAAGCGAGAGACUGGACGCAUACGUCGUCUGCAAAUCUCCAUUCCUGACCCUAAAAAGCUCAAAGUUAUGACCGGGGAGUGGUUUGAAGAGCUCCGGACUCGUCGCUAUGGACGACAGUCAGACGUGACAGAAGUUCUCAGGUCUUCAAUGAGGAGAAAGAAGCCAACAGCCUUUAGGACUAGCACUUUCAGCGAUGUCGGACAAACAGAAAACAAAGAAGGAGAAAAGGAGAAUAAGGACCCUCAAACCAAGGCUUCUGAGAUCCAGACACCAGACACAAGUUUCCUCAACCUAUCUUUUCGUGAAAAGGCUAACCAGGAACUUAGCAAUGAGGAAAGCACUGUGGAUACUGACAACACCACGGUUAAUGUUCCUGAAUGGAAACAUCCACUCUACAGGUCUCAUGAGGGGCCUGCUAGUGAGGAAAAAUGUACCAACCCAUUUACAUCUCAAAAUCAAGAGAUGCCAUACUCUAGCACAACUGACACUGUCCACCAAUCACCAGACAGGAAACCUGGACAAGAAAACAAGACAGAAUCUGCUUAUAUUGCCAAUGUCGUUCUUGAGUCUCAGCUCCGUCCUAUCAACGUAUCUAGUCCCGGCCCUCAAACCAAACCAACAACCAAAUCCCUGGACACUAUUGUGAAUCUGAAGUCUAGCAGAAAGCUGGUGUUUCCCCCUGAGAUAAAGGAUGAUCCAGAGAAGAACAGCUCUGUAAUGUAUGUAGACCCCUAUGUAUGGACACAACCAGAGUUCAAAAGUAGCGUCAUAGAGGCCGAGCCAAAAGACACAGAGAUGGCCAUAGGAACAACUAAAACAAUAGUGAUAUCGCCUAGGGUUGACACACGUAACAGGUCAGAGGAUAGCGCCAUUGGUUUUGAUGUUGAGCAUUCAGGGCAUGAGUCUCUCACUACUCUGUCUUUUGAGAUCUCGCCACAGAGCAGCCACAUAAGGCCAAAGCCAAAAGAGGUCAACUUUACCCAUGGAAAGACAAAUACCACAGGGACUCCACCUAGUGGUGACACUGUGACCCAAUCAGAAGAUAAGUUCAACAACAGGAGACCUGAUGAUGUAGUUUCAGAAAGUGAGGGGCCUCAUAGCAUGCAAUCUUCAGAGGUCAAGUAUGAGAAGGAGCAAUUUCAGCUUGAAUAUGAAGAUAUGCUGGGGCUGGAAUAUGUUAGGCUAAACCAAGAUGUUUCAACAGAGAGCCAAGAACUUCAAACAGACCAAAACCACAGUGAAAUGCUAUCAUUUGAGGAUACAUACUCUCUCCAGAGAAAUGACCCUUUGCCUACCAUUGAGUCAUUCAAAUGUGUAGAGAAACCUCAGUACUUGCUCCAAGAGGGACCACAGGACAUACUCACCAUAGACAAACAUGUUCCUGUUGAUGAAUCAUCUAUCUUCAAAGAGGCCAGACCCAAGAAGGACCUAGUUUGUUCAGAGGAAUCUCUACCAUUUGCUGUUCAUGUUCUAGAUGAAGUCAUCAUGUCUAGCAAUCUCCAUACAUCAAAGGAGGACACUGGAGAGGACAAAGAGAAGGAAGUGUCAAAGUUUAGAGAUUAUUCUCUCUCACAGACUGCAAUUGUUGGUGGCAUGAAACAUGUAACAAAGAUGGACCAUAGGGUUUCUCCAGGAGAUUUUGAUGAAGAAAAUAAACAAGAACAGAUGGAUGUAAAAAAGUCUACUGAAUCUCUAAGCAAAGCAGUGGAUGGGCAAACAUUUGUUACUUUAGAUGGAGAGGAGGUAGAUAUAUUUAAGGAAAGGAAUACUUUGGAGUCCAAGCUGUCUCCAAAUGGAGACUUUCAAAAAGUGAAUCAGAAGACUGGAAAAUGUCUCAUUCCCACAAUAGUGGUCAAUUCCUCUGAAUCCCCAGUGACAGAUGACACUGAAGAGCACCCAGCUACGUCUCAGGAAUCCCCUUCAGUGGAUGUUACACCUAUGGACACCUGGGAGGAUGAGGGUCUGGACUCAGAUGAUGACUGCAGCUCUGUCUCCAGCUAUGGGUCUGACUUCUCUGCAAGAAGAGGUUAUGGCUCCAUUGCUUUGGGCCUCACUGGGCGCACUGGCAGUCUUCUGAGUGUGUACAGUGAGGCGGGGGACUUUGGGAGUGUGACUGUCCAGGGGGCAGUAGAGUUCUCGCUAAGGUACAGAAAUGCAGAGGAGCUGAUCGUCACAGUGGAGCAGUGUCAGGACCUUGCUUACGCCAACCCUCGCAAGCAGCGCACUGACCCAUAUGUGAAGACCUACCUCCACCCUGACAAAUCCCGCCAUAGCAAGAAGAAGACCUCCAUCAAGAAACGCACAAUUAACCCAGUGUUUGAUGGAGAGACACUGAAAUACAAGAUGACGAUGGAUGAUCUGAAAGGCAGGACACUGAACCUUUCUGUGUGGCACAAUGACUCCAGAGGGAGAAAUGUCUUUCUGGGGCAGGUAGACAUUGACCUUAAGACCUGGGACUGGGGUCAUGAGACCCUUACCUGGUACAACCUACAGCCCAAGAAUCCUGGCGUUCAGGACUCUCCUGAAUAUCAUGGACUGUUGACAGUAGCACUGAAAUAUAUUCCCCCUGGCUCAACAGGUGUUGACAAGAUUAACUCAGGGGAGGUCCAUGUGUGGCUGAAGGAGGCCAGAGAGCUGCGUAAGCUAAAGCCUCAGGGUGUCGACUCCUUUGUGAAGUGUUACAUGUUGCCUGACACAAGCAAGAAGAGUCGUCAGAAGACGCGGGUGGUGAAGAAGAGCCAAAAGCCUGUGUAUAACCACGCCAUGGUGUACGACGGUUUCCGUGCCGGAGAGGUCAGAGAGGCUUGCUGCGAGCUGACUGUGUGGGACCACAACAAACUCUCCAAUCAGUUCCUGGGAGGGGUGCGCCUCAGUCUGGGCACAGGACAAAGCUAUGGCAAAAACGUGGACUGGAUGGAAUCUGUCAAUGAGGAAAUUCAACUUUGGGAAAAUAUGCUAUCAUGUCCAGAUGCUUGGGUGGAGGGUGAGAUCCCCCUUCGUUCCUCUAUGACCCCGAGGAAGUAGAAUAAAUCAGUGCCGGGAGCGCAGAGCAGCGGUAGUGCUAGAGUCGAACAUGCGCAUAUUUCCAUGAGCAACACUUUUCAACUUUCUACCCUCUUCAACUCUACCCCAUAAUCUACAUUCUAACUUUUCUGAAUAUAUCAGGAGGAUGAGGUUCGGUAAGAGGUAAUUACUGCUCAGAACCUUUUUCUUGUGAUAGAGAGUCUUGAUUGUGAUUAAUCAAAGUAUAAAGAAUUAGAAUUGCAAUGCAUAUUUUUUUCAGUGUAUUUUUUUAUUCACUUAUACUUUACUUACAGUACCAGUCAAAAGUUUGGACACAUCUACUCAUUCCAGGGUUUUUCUUACUAUUUUCUACAUUGUUGAAUAAUAGUGAAGACAUCACAACUAUGACAUUUUUAUUUUCCCUUUAUUUAACUAGGCAAGUCAAUUAAGAACAAAUUCUUAUUUACAGUGACGGCCUGUUCAGGGGCAAAACAACAUAUUUUUACCUUGUCAGCUCAGGGAUUCAAUUUAGCAACCUUUCGGUUACUGGCCCAAUGCUCUAACCACUAGGCUACCUGUCACCCCAAAACAUAACACAUAUGGAAUCAUGUAGUAACCAAAAAAGUAUUAAUAUAUUGAAGAUUCUUCAAAGGAGCCACCCUUUGCCUUGAUGACAGCUUUGUACACUCUUAGCAUUCUCUCAACCAGCUUCACCUGGAAUGCUUUUCCAACAGUCUUGAAGGAGUUCUCACAUAUGCUGAGCACCUGUUGGCUGCUUUUCCUUCACUCUGCAGUCCAACUCAUCCCAAACCAUCUCAACUGGGUUGAGGUUGGGUGAUUGUGGAGGCCAGGUCAUCUGAUGCAGCACUCCAGCAGUUUCCUUCUUGGUCAAAUAGCCCUUACACAGCCUGGAGGUGUGUUGGGUCCUUGUCCUGAUGAAAAACAAAUGAUAGUGGGACUAAGUGUAAACUAUAUGGGAUGGCGUAUUGCUGCAGAAUGCUGUGGUAGCCUUGCAUGUUGUGUGUCUUGAAUUCUAAAUGAAUCACAGACGGUGUCACCAGCAAAGCACCCCCUCACCAUCACACCUCCUCCAUGCUUUUGGGUGGGAACCACACAUACAGAGAUCAACCGAUCACCUUCUCUGCAGCUCACAUAAACACUGCAGUUGGAACCAAAAAUCUCAUCAGACCAAACGACAGAUUUCCACCGGUCUAAUGUCCAUUGCUUGUGUUACUUGGCCCAAGCAAGUCUAUUCUUGUUAUUGGUGUCCUUUAGUAGUGGUUUCUUUACCGGAAUUAGACUAUGAAGGCCUUAUUCAAGAAGUCUCCUCUGAACAGUUGAUGUUGAGAUGUGUCUGUUACUUGAACUCUGUGAAACAUUUAUUUGGACUGCAAUUUCUGAGGCUGGUAAUUGUAAUUAACUUUUCCUCUGCAGCAGAGGUAACUCUGGGUCUUCCUUUCCUGUGGCGGUCCUCAUGAGAGACCGGUUCGUCAUAGCGCUUGAUGGGUUUUGCGACUGCAUUUGAAGAAAUGUUCCAUAUUGAAUGACCUUCAUGUCUUAAAGUAAUGAGGGACUGUCUUUUCUCUUUGCUUAUUUGAGCUGUUCUUGCCAUAAUAUGGACUUGGUCUUUUACCAAAUAGACGUAUCUUCUGUAUACCACCCCUACCUUGUCACAACACAACUGAUUGGCUCAAACGCAUUUAGAAGGAAAGAAGUACCACAUAUUAACCUUUAACAAGGCAGGCCUGUUAUUUGAAAUAAAUUCCAGAUGACUACCUCAUGAAGCUGGUUGAGAGAAUGCCAAGAAUGUGCUAAGCUGUCAAGGCAAAGGGUGGCUAUUUUGAAGAAUCUUCAAUCUAAAAUAUAUUUUACUUUGAUAAACACUUUUUUGGUUACUACAUGAAUCCAUAUGUGUUAUUUCAUAGUUUCGAUGUCUUCAAUAUUAUUCUACAAUGUAGAAAAUAAAGAAAAACCCUUGAAUAAGUAGUUGUGUCCAAACUUUUAUCUGGUACUGUAUAUCUUGUCAUUUCCCAGGGAGUGUGUCUGUUUUCAAAUUAUGUAAAUUGUCAGGGGAAUUGCAAGAUUAUGUUAUAAUGCUUGUAUUGCAUUAUAAUGGUUGAUUUAUUCGACAGAAUAUAGUAUUCUGUUAAUUAUUCUGUGUGUGUUCUGCUGAGGAUGGGCCUCUGAGAUAACACGGACAGAGGCGAUUUACGAUGUCUUUGGGUGAUCAAACCUAAAGAUCAUUCCAGAGAUCAUGAGUUAAUGUCUCUGCUCUAUAACCGUACAAGGGAGAGAUGGUUCUAGUUUAACCACCACAAAGUAUAAAAAUAAAGUUAUGUUUGUAAAAUGGU